GCCGCCGGUGCCGCUCCGCCCGCCCGCUAUGGAGGGCCCGUCCCGGUUGCUGGCGGCGGCGCACGGCGCGGCGGUGCCCCUGCCCGGCGGCAUCCCGCCGCCGCCCUCCGCCGGGGACCCGGCCGCCGCCGCCGCGCCGCCUCCGCCCCCGCCGCACCAGCCGGGCCCGCCGCCGCCCCCGCCGCCGCCGCCGCCCGGGCACCAGGACACCGGGGACGUGCUGCAGCAGAUCAUGGCCAUCACGGACCAGAGCCUGGACGAGGCGCAGGCCAGAAAACAUGCCUUGAAUUGCCACAGAAUGAAACCUGCUCUUUUCAGCGUGCUGUGUGAGAUCAAGGAAAAAACAGUGUUAAGUAUUCGCGGUAUUCAGGAGGAAGAUCCCCCCGAUGCUCAACUAAUGAGACUAGAUAACAUGUUGCUGGCAGAGGGUGUCUCCGGGCCCGAGAAAAGAGGAAGAGGAGGACCGAUGGCUGUAGCAGCAACAUCAGGUGGCUGUCCAAAUGACAAUAGCAUUGAACACUCUGACUACAGGGCCAAGCUGUCACAGAUCCGACAGAUAUACCACUCUGAGCUAGAGAAAUAUGAACAGGCUUGUAGCGAAUUCACCACCCAUGUUAUGAACCUGCUUAGGGAACAGAGUAGAACAAGGCCAAUUUCACCAAAAGAAAUAGAGCGCAUGGUGAACAUAAUCCAUGGCAAAUUCAGCACCAUUCAGAUGCAGCUGAAACAGAGCACAUGUGAAGCGGUGAUGAUUCUGCGUUCACGAUUUCUUGAUGCAAGGCGUAAACGACGUAACUUCAGCAAACAAGCGACAGAAGUGCUGAAUGAAUAUUUUUAUUCUCACCUGAGUAAUCCUUACCCCAGUGAAGAAGCCAAAGAAGAGCUAGCAAAGAAGGGUGGUAUUACAGUCUCACAGGUUUCUAACUGGUUUGGUAACAAGCGAAUCCGGUACAAAAAAAACAUGGGGAAGUUCCAGGAGGAGGCUAAUAUUUAUGCAGCAAAAACAGCAGUGGAUGCAACAAAUGUGGUGGCACAGGGCAGCCAGGCAAACUCUCCAUCAACGCCAAACUCUGCUUCCUCUGGCUCUUUUAAGAUGACAAAUUCUGGGGAUUCAUUUAUAAACUUGCAGUCACUGACUUCUUACCAGAGCUCCCCAGUGGGAGCCAAUGUGCAGUCACAGAUGGAUUCCCUACAUCAUGUCAUACACCAGACGGGAAGAUAUGACACCAUUGUGGGGAAUCCUUUGUAUACGACGCAGCGCAUUGAUGCUAAUGGCAGCUGGCAGGACACUACAACUCCUUCAUCAAUCACGUCACCUGCUGGAGACCCUGGAAGUGUUAAUUCGGAUGCAUCUAAUUAAGUUUUUAGGACCGAUUGAUGAGAGGAAAGAGGUCAUUAGUGUAAUUUGUCAAUGUUGCUUUUGCCAAUAUUAUAGUUUGUACAACUUGACACACAGCUAAUUACCUCAAAACCCUGGAACCAAUAGAAGAAGAUUGUGAUUUCAAUGAUACCUCUCUACCUCUCAGCCUCACACAGUUGAGUUCUUGAUUCUGCCCAUUGGGAUGUGAAAUUGUUUUAAAAGAACUUGCUUCAUUUUCCUAACCAAAUUCAUUUUUUAAAUAUCAAUUUUAUGGUAAGAAUCUGAAAAAUCUCUCUUCUUCUAGGACUUGGCAUUUGUCUCAAGUUUUCCAGUUUAAAAAAAUUGACUUAUUUUAAUUUCCAUAAAAUUUUUUUACUAUGAAACUUCUGUUCUAGUUGAUAGAUACUAACAAUUAAACCCCCUGUAUUUGUAAUUGUAUGCGUUCUCUGUAUUGUAAUUUUGUAUAGGAAAAUAAGCUUUUCUUAACUCAAGUUCAUUCUGAACUAAUUAACCAGAACAGAACACUGCUUUACCAAAACUUUCAUUGGACUUUGCUCUUGAAUAGGAACUUCCAUCUUUUGUGUCAUUUCAUAUAGUUCGAAUUUAAUGUCUAGUGUAAACUCUGACUUCCCUGUGAAUAGAUUUUUGUGCAUUUACGAAAUGUUAAGACAAAGUCCAUCAUUUUCAGUUGAAAUUUUAUCAAAGAUAAUAAACUUCCAAAGCCUUUUUC